AUGAAUCCCUCUGUCAGCCUGCUGCUGCUGCUGCUGCUUGGCCUCUCUCAGGCAGAUCCUAUCCAGGAGGAAAUCAGUGGAGAAGGUCCUCUCCAGGAGGAAGACAUCGAAGACGAGGUGAAUGAUGACACUGUUGACAUCGGCACCAGAAUUCUGAUUUCCAACAAUGCCACCAAUGAGAUCCUGCUGGAAGGAGACCUGCUGCCCCCCAACACCAGAAACGCCAUACGAUGCAGGUCCCAGAGCUGCCUGUGGAGGAAGGCCUCUAAUGGCCAGGUGGUGGUCCCCUUCACUAUCAGCGGUCAGUUCGCCAACUGGGAGAGGCAGAAGAUUGAGAGAGCCAUGAGUGGCUUCCACAGAAGUACCUGCAUCCGCUUCGUCCGCCGUAGCAACCAGCGCGACUUUCUCAGCAUCGAGAGCAGAGGCGGAUGCUUCUCGGCUCUGGGCAGAUCAGGAGGCAGGCAGGUGCUCUCUAUCAACAAGCAGGGCUGCCUCUACCACGGCAUCAUCCAGCACGAGAUUAACCACGCUCUGGGCUUCCAGCACGAGCAGACCAGGAGCGACCGUGAUGGCUACGUCAGGAUCAACUGGCAGAACAUGGACCGAGCGAUGGCCUACAACUUCCACAAGCAGAACACCAACAACCUGAACACUCCUUACGACUACUCCUCCAUCAUGCACUAUGGAAGAACAGCCUUCUCCAUCAACGGCAGGGACACCAUCACCCCCUUCCCCAACCCCAGAGCCCAGAUCGGUCAGAGGCGAGGCAUGUCAGGCUGGGACGUCAAAAGGAUCAACCUGCUCUACAGAUGCUAA